AUGCAAUAUAUUUCUCUCCUGGAAGCGCAAAACCGGGACUUGCGAGCGCAAGGAACAAAACUGCGCGAAUACAUCGCCAGAUUGGAGUUCCUAUUUCCCCAGCUUAUGAAUCAAUUGCAGCCGGCAAUGUUUGACACCCGCAACAUAACCGAGAACACUCGUCAGCAAUGUGAAUGCAAGAUGGAUAACGAAGAAGCGGCCGCAAAACUAGAUGAGGGUCGGUCUGACACUGGUUCUGCCCGUCCAGAAACGACAGGAAAGUCUCAAAACCUAAUCAUCGUUCGACAGACAAAGUUGAUGAAGAAAAUUUGGACGCAAGGCAAAGAGGAGUAA